UCAGCCAACUGGCAGUGCGAGUGGAAAGCAAUAUACUUUGACCGUAUUUUUCUCCUUGUCAGUUACAAAAAAAAAAGAAGCUUUAAUUUCCUCUUCUUUUUUUUUCUUUCUAAAUUUUGUGUUUGUGUGAAAAUGUUUAUUGAGAACUUUAAGGUUGAGAGCCCAAAUGUUAAGUACACAGAAAGUGAGAUUCAUUCUGUGUAUGAUUAUCAGACAACUGAGUUGGUUCAUGAAGAAAAAAAUGGGACAUAUCAAUGGACUGUCAAGCCUAAAACUGUCAAAUAUGAAUUCAAGACUGAUGUUCAUGUUCCCAAAUUAGGGGUUAUGCUUGUUGGAUGGGGUGGAAACAAUGGUUCAACCUUGACUGGUGGAGUUAUUGCUAACAGAGAAGGAAUUUCAUGGGCGACUAAGGAUAAGGUGCAACAAGCCAAUUAUUUUGGGUCUCUUACACAGGCGUCUACUAUUAGAGUUGGGUCCUUCAAUGGAGAAGAGAUCUAUGCUCCCUUUAAGAGCCUCCUUCCCAUGGUCAACCCAGAUGACGUGGUGUUUGGAGGAUGGGACAUCAGCAAAAUGAAUUUGGCAGAUGCCAUGGCAAGGGCUAAGGUAUUUGACAUUGAUCUGCAAAAGCAGUUGAGGCCCUACAUGGAAUCCAUGGUCCCACUCCCUGGCAUCUAUGACCCUGAUUUCAUUGCUGCUAACCAAGGGUCACGUGCCGAUAACGUGAUCAAAGGAACCAAGAAAGAACAAGUUGAUCAAAUCAUUAAGGAUCUUAGGGAGUUUAAGGAGAAGAACAAUGUGGACAAGGUGGUGGUCCUGUGGACUGCCAACACUGAAAGAUACAGCAAUGUGGUCGUUGGCCUUAAUGACACGAUGGAAAACCUCUUUGCUUCUGUGGAUAAAAAUGAAGCUGAAAUAUCUCCUUCCACCUUGUAUGCUAUUGCCUGUAUUCUUGAAAAUGUCCCCUUCAUCAAUGGAAGCCCACAAAACACUUUUGUCCCUGGCCUCAUUGAUUUGGCCAUCAAGAGGAACACUUUGAUUGGUGGUGAUGACUUUAAGAGUGGUCAAACCAAGAUGAAGUCAGUGCUAGUUGAUUUCCUUGUUGGAGCUGGUAUUAAGCCAACAUCAAUUGUGAGCUACAACCAUUUGGGUAACAAUGAUGGAAUGAAUCUGUCUGCCCCUCAAACUUUCCGCUCAAAGGAGAUUUCAAAAAGCAAUGUUGUUGAUGACAUGGUUUCUAGCAAUGCCAUCCUUUAUGAGCCUGGAGAGCACCCUGACCAUGUUGUUGUGAUUAAGUAUGUGCCAUACGUUGGAGACAGCAAGAGGGCAAUGGAUGAGUACACAUCCGAGAUUUUCAUGGGUGGAAAGAACACCAUUGUUUUGCACAAUACCUGUGAGGACUCCCUUUUGGCUGCUCCAAUUAUCUUGGAUUUGGUCCUCCUUGCUGAACUCAGUACCCGCAUUCAGCUCAAAGCUGAAGGAGAGGGUAAAUUCCACUCCUUCCACCCCGUGGCUACCAUCCUCAGCUAUCUUACCAAGGCUCCUCUGGUACCACCAGGUACACCAGUGGUGAAUGCCCUUUCAAAGCAGAGGGCGAUGCUCGAGAACAUAUUGAGGGCUUGUGUUGGACUCGCACCAGAGAACAACAUGAUCUUGGAAUACAAAUGAAGAUCCACAUGACAAGUGAAAGGACUCAAGAAGCUGUGCAGCACAAGAACCAUUUCUCUUUUAUCUUUGUAAUCUUUUUUCUUUUCAUUAGUUCUAUAAUUAGCUAAAUGUUAGCAACCCUUCGAGCUAUAGCUGUAGUCUAAUGGCGGGCUUAUUGAAUGUCAUUAUAAUUUCCUUGUUGUCUGUGUUUUGGCCCUCCAUUUAGAAGGUGUGUCCGUGUUGUUUUAGCUCAUUUAGAGCCAGCAACGCCUUUCUCUACUGGAAAUACAAUGUGUAGUCCUUAUAGUUUUAAUCUAAUUUCUCUCUGUUGUUUC